AUGGAUAUGUCGAUCGUAUUCUCAAGUUUUAUUUUGUUUUGCUUCCUCGCAGCUCAAAUAACAGCAGCGGCUUCACCAGCUCUUCUUCACCCAGAUGAAUUAAAAGCGCUUGAAGAGAUGGCUACUACACUUGGAAUCACAAAACUGAACUUAGGCAAUGGAGACCCUUGUGAUCUAAAAAGACUAAAGAUUGAUGUUGCUCAGGAUCCAGGGAGUGAGAACAUCAUUGUUUGUGAAUGUCGUCUCAACAAUAUAUGCCAUAUUACAGAUUUAACGCUCAAGACUCUCGGUCUUCCCGGGAAACUUCCACCAGAGUUGGUCAAACUUAAGUAUCUCAGAUCGAUAGACUUUUGCCGUAAUUAUCUUUCGGGAUCAAUCCCAAUGGAGUGGGCUUCAAUGCUAGAACUCACUUCCAUCGCGGUCUGCGCCAAUAAUCUGUCAGGGCCUUUACCAACGGGUUUACAAAACUUCAAGAAGCUGGAAUUCCUAGGGAUUGAAGCGAACCAGUUCUCUGGUCCUAUUCCUGAUGAGCUUGGUAACAUGACAAGCCUAAGAGUAUUGCAACUUGGGUCGAAUCAAUUUACAAGUAGCCUGCCUACCACUCUUGCCAGACUGGUGAAUCUCAAGGAUUUUCGGAUAAGUGACAAUAAAUUCAAUGGCACCAUCCCAGGCUUUAUUGGCGACUGGUUUCGGCUUGAGAAAAUGAGAAUUAGUGAUAUGGCUGGGAUCAACUCCUUUCCCAAUCUAUCAAGCAAAUCUACUAUGAACACCCUGAUUUUGAGGAACUUGAGUAUGUCUGGUCAAAUCCCUUCUUAUGUCUGGUCUAUGCCAGCCCUAAAGACUCUUGAUGUAUCAUUCAACAAGUUGACUGGUGAAGUUGAAUUACUAGGAAAAGUACCCCAAUAUACCUAUUUGAAUGACAACAUGCUUUCCGGAAAAGUUGGAUCUGAUGCCUUCUUCAACAAUGAAUCUUACAUAACUGGACUUCUACCGUGUGCUAGUCCAAUAAAGUGCAAAUAUCAACGGUCUCUACAUAUAAAUUGUGGCGGAGACAACGUAGUUAUUACAACCUCUUCUCAUAAAAUCACUUAUCAAGCUGAUAACAAUAAAACCAAAGCCGCAACAAAUCAGCACUUUGAAAACUGGGGAAUAAGUAGCACAGGUUACUUGCCUAAUAAUAAUUACAUCAUUACACCUACGUUUACACCAUCCGAGAAUUCUCCUGCUUUCUAUAAGUCCGCACGUCAAGCUGCUCAAUCUCUAGUUUAUUAUGCGUUUUGCUUGGAAAAUGGAGCCUACAAUGUGAAACUCCAUUUUAUGGAGCUUCAGUUUUCCAAUGAAGAACCCUACAAUCGACUCGGCAGACGCAUAUUUGAUAUCUAUCUUCAGGGAGAAUUGUUCAGGAGGGAUUUUAACAUCAAAGAAGAGGCUAACGGAACUCGAAAGCCUAUUGUGAAAGAAGCUAACGUGAAUGUAACUAAUCAUUUGUUAGAGAUUCGGUUGUAUUGGGCAGGGAAGGGGACAAUUAUCAUUCCCCUAAGAGGGAACUAUGGUCCUAUUAUCUCUGCCAUCUCCUUUAUAUAUAUUUACAAUUUUAAUGUCUCAUUUGCAGCGGAGAAUACAAAACAUCACAGUAAGUAUCCAUUAAUUUUCGGGAUAAUGGGUACCUUGUUAGCAGUUAUGCUCCUGGCUUUGGGAUUAUACUAUCAUAAAAGAUGCAGGGGAGACAAGAACACAAGAGAACGAGAUUUGAGAGCCCAAAGUCUGCAAACUGUUUGUUUUACAUGGAGGCAACUCCAAGCUGCUACAAACAAUUUUGAUGAAGCAAACAAACUUGGAGAAGGAGGUUUCGGAUCCGUAUUCAAAGGAGAAAUGUCAGAUGGAACUAUCAUAGCAGUCAAACAGCUUUCUGCCAAAUCAUGCCAAGGAAACCGAGAGUUUGUGAAUGAGAUAGGCAUGAUCUCAGGUCUGAAUCAUCCAAAUCUUGUCAAGCUUUAUGGAUGCUGCGUGGAGAAGAAUGAACUGUUACUUGUGUAUGAGUACAUGGAAAAUAACUCCCUUGCUCUUGCUCUCUAUGAAAAGAGCGCUCCAAAAUUGGACUGGGCAGCAAGACAGAAAAUUUGUGUUGGAAUCGCAAGAGGGCUUGAAUUCCUUCAUGAAGGAUCGAUGAUAAGGAUGGUUCACCGUGACAUUAAAACCAGUAACGUGCUUCUAGACGCCGACCUUAAUGCAAAGAUAUCUGACUUUGGAUUGGCUAGGCUCCAUGAAGAAGAAGAAACUCAAGUUAGCACCAAAAUUGUAGGAACAAUUGGAUAUAUGGCUCCGGAAUAUGCAUUAUAUGGUGAAUUAACCGAGAAAGCAGACGUGUUCAGCUUUGGGAUUGUUGCAAUGGAGAUUGUUAGUGGAAAGAGUAAUAAGAAACAAAAGGGAAGUGCUGAUCACGUCUGGCUUAUCAAUUGGGCGUGGAAGCUGCAACAAACAGGGGACACAGUCGAUAUCAUUGAUCCAGUGCUCGAAGAUGAGUUCAACAGCAAAGAAGCAGAGAGGAUGAUCAAAGUUGCUCUUAUUUGCACAAACUCAUCUCCAUUGUUAAGGCCAACAAUGUCAGAGGUUGUGCAAAUGCUCGAGGGAGAGAUGGAAAUAACACAGGUUCUAUCAGAUCCUGGUUUAUAUGAACACAACUUGGGCAUCUCAAAGCUGAGGGGAACUGAUACACAAGGUAGCUCGAGCACGUCUGGUUUGACUGAUCAAACAACAACGACAAUGAAAUCCUCUGUUUCUAGUACUGAUCUCUACCCAUUAUACCCUGAAUCCAUGAUAUUUUCUUCCUCGGCAUUCUAA